AAAAUAAUGACACGAAUAAAUCUUUUUGUAACGAUAAUCACAUACACGAGCUAAAUUAUCAACAAAUUUUCAAUGACAGCAACAUAAAUGAACCAAACAUUAUCCAAAUUUAUAACAAAUAAAGGUAAAUGAAUCAUUUCUAAUAAUUUUACGUGAUAUUUGAUUCUUUUCCAUUGAUAAUAACAAAGAGUAAAGAAGGCAAAGGUGAAACAACAAUGGCGUGAAUUGCUUACAUUUAAUCUGCAUAGUACUCAUCGAUUUAACACUGUUACUCCAAUGGCAAUGGCAAUGGCUUCAGCUUCACUUUCCAAUUCCAAUUUCUCCUUUCACCCCUCCUCACAAUUCCCUCAUUUCACUUCUUCUUCUUGUUCCAUUACUACCCACUUUCUUCUUCCUCCCAAAUUCUUCCCUUCCCUCAAACACUUUCAUAAUCCUUCUUCUUUCCCCAUUAUCAGAGCCCAAUUCUCUCCAGAUUUUGUUCCUGAGGCCAAGUUUUACAAAGUUGAAGCUAUUCUAAGGCCUUGGAGAAUUCAACAGGUUUCUAAGGCACUACUGAAAAUGGGCAUUCGUGGUGUCACUGUCUCGGAUGUUCGUGGUUUUGGCGCCCAAGGUGGCCUGACCGAGAGGCAAGCUGGCUCUGAAUUCUCCGAAGACAAUUUCGUAGCAAAAGUUAAAAUGGAGAUUGUUGUCAGCAAAGACCAGGUUGAAGGAGUCAUUGCCAAGAUAAUUGAAGAGGCAAGAACUGGUGAAAUUGGUGAUGGAAAGAUCUUCUUGACUCCUAUCGCGGAUGUGAUAAGAGUUCGCACUGGAGAACGCGGAGAAAAGGCAGAGAGGAUGAUGGGAGGGCACGCUGACAUGACCUCCACCGCAUCAGUAUCAACUUGAGCUGAGCUGCAUAUCUCUAGCUUUAAUCCAUCUCUAGUUAUGUAUCAUGUCGAUCGUAUGUGUUGAGUUACGGAACAAGGUCCAGUUUUUAUCUGGAACAUGCCGUCUGUCAGGUAUGAAAUGAAAUAAAGUAGUCGGAGACUUAUCGCGUA